AUGAAAGCUGGAUAUAACAGUAAGAAUGUCAUAAAGCAAAAGCGGCGAAGUCGAGCCGAUGGAAAUGAAUCUGUUAGAUUUCUAACAUGUACAGUUGAUCAGGCCUAUGAAAAAUUUCGUCAAGAUUAUCCAGGUUUAGAAAUUAGACGUUCAAAGUUCGACAGUCUCAGGCCAAAAUAUGUGAAGAAGACAUCACCUCAUGAAGUUUGCGUUUGCAUCUAUCAUGAAAAUAUCUCGCUGCUCAAAGCAGUACAUUUUUUGGCCCAUCGUCUUUUAACAAUCACCACAACCGAUUGUGGAGGUACUGAUUCCGAUUUAUCAUUAUGGAAUUAUUUUGAUUUUAAAAGUUCAAGAACAAAUAACAGUUUAGAAGGCUGGCAUCAUCGUUUAAAUACUGAUUUAAACCACAUCAUACAUCCACAUUUUUAUAUGUUUAUUCGUGCAAUUCAAAACGAUUAUGCUUACAAUUCAGCAAUAUCUUCACGUCAUACAGCUACUGGUACAGUACCACCAAGAAAAAAAUUAUUUGUGAAUCGAAAUGCACGAUUACACGAUUUAGAAAAUCUUUAUAAACAACAAACAUUAACACUGGAAGAAUAUCUGGAAAAAGUGAUGCAAUUAAUUGGUGUCAAAAAAUUUUGA